CCCGGGCUCCGCCCGCUCCGCCGCGCUCCGCCAUGCCAUGUCCGCGCUGAGCUGGAAACCCUUCGUGUACGGCGGGCUCGCCUCCAUCGUGGCCGAGUUCGGCACGUUCCCCGUCGACCUCACCAAGACGCGGCUGCAGGUGCAGGGGCAGAGCGCCGAUGCGCGGUUCCGCGAGGUCCGGUACCGCGGCAUGUUCCACGCCCUCUUCCGCAUCUGCCGGGAGGAGGGCGGCCGCGCCCUCUACUCGGGGAUCGCCCCCGCCCUGCUGAGACAGGCGUCCUACGGCACCAUAAAGAUCGGCAUCUACCAGAGCUUGAAGCGGCUCUUUGUGGAUCGCAUGGAAGAUGAGACGUUGCUGAUCAAUGUCAUCUGCGGGGUGGUUUCAGGGGUGAUCUCCUCUGCGCUCGCCAACCCGACAGAUGUGCUGAAGAUCCGAAUGCAGGCUCAAGGCAGUUUAUUCCAGGGGGGCAUGAUUGGCAGCUUCAUUGACAUCUACCAGCAGGAGGGUACCCGAGGCCUCUGGAGGGGUGUUGUCCCAACAGCUCAGAGAGCUGCCAUCGUGGUCGGCGUGGAGCUGCCAGUCUACGACAUCACCAAGAAGCACUUAAUCCUGUCGGGCCUGAUGGGUGACACCAUCUUUGCCCACUUCGUUUCCAGUUUCACCUGUGGGCUGGCUGGGGCCAUCGCCUCCAACCCCGUGGACGUGGUGCGGACGCGGAUGAUGAACCAGCGAGCGAUCGUGGGCAACACGGAGCUCUAUAAGGGCACCCUGGACGGGCUGGUGAAGACAUGGAAGAGCGAGGGCUUCUUUGCACUCUACAAAGGUUUCUGGCCCAACUGGCUUCGGCUCGGUCCCUGGAACAUCAUUUUUUUUAUCACAUACGAGCAGCUGAAGCGGCUUCCGUUCUGACAGCUGGCUUCACCUUCCCGCGUCCUCUCCAGGACAUGCAGCAGAGCUUUGCUGCAGCCUUCCUUCAUCUCACCAUCCCGUGUCUUGCUGUGUUGGUACAUGUGGGUCUGGGCUCUCCCCUCCCCAAGCGCCCGGUCCCUGGAGCAUGGUCUGGCUGAGGAGUAACUGGGAGGCUGGAAGCGGGUGCUGUGAUUCUCCGUGUCGGGGCAAGUGUUGAGGGUGUCUGAGCGGGCCUGAAGCGGUAUCUUCUGUGAAGAUCUGGGCGCUCCCGUGGCCUUUGGGUGCCGCCGUGGGGGGUGGUUUGGCUCGUGUGUGCUGCUCUGCCGUGGCGGAGGCGGAGCCGGGCGGGUGCUGGCGUAUGUCCUACCUGGAACCUCAUUAAAUUAUUUAUUGACUGGUG